AUGAUGAGAUCCAUACGCAAAACCAAGGGGCAGACGGGGGUCCCGGUCGCCCGGGCCGGGCUGGGAAUUCUGGCCAUUUCCAUCAUCCUGUUCGCUUAUUACCAAGGCAAACUGUACACCGGUCCCGCCGUCAUCGUCUACCCUUCUGCCGUGGGCUUGGAGGGCUCCACCUUCCAACUGUACAAGGGGUUUCCAUAUCCAACGACCGCCGACGUUGUGGUCUCUGAGGACGGGUGGCUGAACGGGAUCGCCAUCUCCACCAAGCAGCACACGGAGACGCCCAAGGCAAAGGCUGCCUCAGCGAACUCCGACACCAAGACCAAGGCGGAGACGAGCAGUGGCGGUGCCGCCAAGGCAGCGGAGGUGGUGCAGUCCUCGGAAGCAGCCAGGAGCGACGCUGCGGCGGGUGCGGGUGCCACUGCCAAGCCCGAGGAGGUCGCGGCGGGUGCGGGGGUGAGGCCUGGCGAGACCGCAGCGCCCCCCGUCAAGCCUGCCGAGGCCGCGGGCGGCACCGAGGCGCAGCAGGGGUCUUCGGCGGCCGAUGUCACCAGCCCUGCGACGCCGGCCGCAGCCACCGACCCCGCGGCCGCCGACGUCGGCGUGCGGCCCGAGAAGUCGAUCAUCAUGCCCGAGUACGAGGCGCUGCGCAACAACGCCACCCUCCCCCUGGUCUUCCUGGACGUCGCGAUCAAGGGCGCGCCCAUCGGCCGCAUGGAGAUCGUGCUCUUCAGCGACGUUGCCCCGCGCCACGCCGAGAACAUGAGGCUGCUUUGCUCGGGGGAGAAGGGGGCCGUGCCCAAGCCACGCGAAGACGGGCACAAGGUGUACCACCUGAAGGGCGGGACGUUCUACCGCAUCGUCAAGGGCUGGAUCAACCAGGGCGGCGCAAAUGUAGAGUCGGCCUUCGGGGGCACCUUUGCGGACGACCCCGGCGGCCUGGCGCUCAAGCAUGAUCACAAGGGCCUGCUGAGCUCCGCCAACAUGGGUCCCAACACCAACGAGGGCCACUUCUCCAUCAUGAUGGGCCCCUCUCCCCACCUGAACGGCGGGUACACCAUCUUUGGCCAGGUGGUGGCGGGCUGGGAGGUGAGCGAGGCCAUCAACGCCGUGUCCCAUGGCCAGCCAGAGGACACAGCGCACGGCGACGCCGGCGUCGUGAUCGUGGACGCGGGGCAGCUGCGCAAGGGGACCAUCGUGCCCGACCUGCGCCUCGGCCUGCCUGCCAACGCCACGGGGUACAAUUACUAA